GUAAAUUACGACAUGCGCAAGCGGCAGACAUUUCUUUACACAGUUACGCUUUUUUCGCGUAACGUACAAAUUACAUCACAGUUGUCUGCUAAAGGAAGGUAGAUCAGUAUAAAAACAGAGCAAACCAGCGAACCAUCGUCACUUGCUCAGUCUAGUCUCCAAACACAACAACCAUGAACAAGGCAAUAAUCCUCAUCGGCACAACUUGUCUUCUUGCCAUUGCCAUUGCGCAGGUGUCCGCUUACUAUGGCAACACAAUGAUGCUCGGCACAGGCGUGGGAUACCCCUCCACCGUGGGAGUAGGAAAUGCCGCCGCUCGCAGCAACUACUAUGACAACUACUACAAACAGUACGAACGCUACAACCGUGCCCAGGCCGCCAGAACCAUCAACAAGUCCGUCAACGGUCUCCAGACCUCCGCUCUCCUUAGCCUUUUCUCUCUGUUCGGUCUGGCAUUGAUCGCCACCAACACCACUGGAACUCUUGCUGGUUAAGAAGCUGUCAAGAUAAUUUAGAAAAUCCAUCUGACAGGGGUUUGACUACCAGACCAGAGGUGGUUGCUUCAUUGAUUUUAUGCUCUUCGAUG